AUGCAAUUCACACUUCCUCUUCUCCUUGCUGGCCUCGCCACCGCUCUCCCCUCCGCUGCCAAAGUGAACACAAUCAGCGACGAGGUCAUCUGGCGCGUUUCCAACCUCACAAUCGGCUGUUCCCAAGGUGGCUGUAUCUUCGAGUACGACAUCGCCGGCCGUCCCAACUCUGAGACUCCUGCCUUCCGCACCCACUGCAGCGGCCCCGAGAAGGAGGAAAUCACCUGUGACAACCAGAACAUCACCACUACCGUCACUCCAGCUGGCAACCCUGUCUGGAACGUCGAUGUCACUCACCGCUGGAUGACCUGGUUGGACCCUCAGUCUCUGGCUACCUGGUACCAGCAGGGCUCGAAGAAUGUCUCUGUGCCUGACCAUAACCCUGUUGCCUUUUACUUCAAGCCUACCAAGGAGUACGGCGUUGCUUAG